UUUGUUACCGUGCAGUUAAAAUGCGCUUGUUUAUAUAAGGAAGGUCAACAUUAACCUAUUAUUAUUAAUCGCGAAGAAUUUCUGGUAGAACACUUGUGUUCGAUUCGAGGAGUCACAUUUCGAUUCCGCAUCUCCAAAUGGCUGAGAUUGAAUUGAAAACCGCCCCUGCUGAUGUUCGGUUCCCUACCACCAAUCAAACUCGGCAUUGCUUCACUCGUUACAUAGAGUAUCACAGGUGCACUGCUGCUAAGGGUGAAGGGGCAGGUGAUUGUGAGAAAUUUGCAAAAUAUUAUAGAUCACUUUGCCCCGGUGAAUGGGUUGAGAAGUGGAACGAGCAAAGGGAGAACGGAACCUUCCCUGGCCCCCUCUAAUUCAGAGACACAAAAACCUUUGAUAAGAAAUAUGAGUUGGGGUUGGUUUUGUUGGCAUUUUGUAUUAUUUUGUUGAUGGCUAUGGUUUGACACAGGACAUUGUUGAGGUGCCUUCAUGGAGGUUUCAUAAUUCUGGACCUUUAGCUUUCCUGGUUUCUUUCUUUAUAUUUUGCAAGAUGGAUGUUUAUGGACCAAGUCUUGCUCGGGUUGUUUCAAUCCAAGAGUCCAUCAAAACAACAUUGAUAGAAAAUAAUGAUAGUUCUGAGGUGGAUUAUAAUGGGUUUGGUUUGUAUUUUAUAUUUAAAUAGUGAUUGAACGUAAUAUUUUGUGGUGGUUGAUUAGUGAUCAUUGUACGAUAACAGUA